AUUCACCCAAAGAACCUUGUCUGCCAAUAGAUCACCAUUCAUUUUGCAUCUGCUGCUGCCAUGUUCUAAUGCAGUACCUGUGGUUAAGCCACUCACCCAAGAUGUGGGAGAUGAAGGCUAAAUUCCCUUCUCUGCCUGAGGAUUUAUAUGCAUAUCUCUGACUUCCCAGGCAAGUGCCCCAACCACCAGGGCAUUCUCAACCUGUCCUGCUUCAGGUGUUGCACUUGGAGAGAAGAAUUUGAAUUGGACCCAGGGAGCAGGAAACAUGAUUCUGCUUGACCCUCUUAAAAGGGGGUACCUUUUGGAGAGUACUGGAAGCUAUGAAUCCCAGUUGGAGCAUGGUGUCUCCCUGAAUACUGGACAGAGGAAGGAUUUAAGACUCAUCCCAUUCUCAAAAUUUCUAUCUCAGCUAGUGCAAACAACUUCUUACUCGAAAUACUAUAGCUCUGUGCCAGUGUGUAGGUGUAGAGAGAAUGAAAUUAAACAUGUCUGCAGAUACCACAACAGACAAGCAGCAGAAAACCUGUUAAAGGCACUGGAAAAAGAAAAAAAUAAAACCUCUCCAGUAUCCAGUCCAGCUGCAACCCCUCAGCAACAUGGAAGAGAGGCUUCUAAAGAUAUCUACAUUGAAGUAGCCCCUGGCACCUAUUCUGUCACGGCAACCUCAGAGGAUAUGGUGAAACAGACACAUGUGGUAGACAUCACUGCAGGACAAAGUAUUGAUUUAACUUUCAGUCUAUGAUGAUUGGUCUCUCGGCAAAUCAUGGAAUAAAACAAUACUAGAAUCCCCUAACAAAUUAAUGCAAUACAGCAUGAAUUCCUUCUUGGCACUUUAAAAUGGUCUUCUAUUCUCAGGGCACAUGCUUUGUGAAUUGUGUAUUUGUUGAACAGAAAAGACUAUUACAACCUAUUGUAUACAUGGACAUUAUAUGUAUACAUAUUUGUACACAUAUGCCUUAAUUCUAAUUGUACAAUUGUAUUACACUGGGUUUUAUAUUGUUUUUAAAUAAAAGAUGCAAAUAAAGGAUA